AUGGCCACAGUGCAGGACAAACCGGAAGCUCGCUUUGCCUGGCGCUGCGGUCUUUGUUGGGAGGGGGCCCUACCUGUCACGGGCAGCAGGGCCACCGCUCAGGUGGCCACAGGCCACCCAAGUCACGGCCGCUCGAUUACCUUGCUUAAGUGCAAACUUUAUGGUAUGGAGCUGAAUGGUACUCUUGGUUAUCAAUUGUCAAGUCUACAGGCACUGAAAACAAUGGACUUAAGCAACAACUACUUGCAUGAUUCAAUUCCUUACCAGUUGCCAUCAAACCUUACCUAUCUGAAUUUGGCAAACAAUAACUUCUCUGGUAAUCUUCCGUACUCUAUAUCCAACUUGGUUUCACUUGAGUACCUCAAUCUCAGCCACAACUCAUUAUUUCAGGAAAUUGGUGAACUAUUUGGAAGCCUCAAUUCACUUUCAGAACUAGAUGUAUCUUUCAACAACCUGACGGGGAAUCUUCCUUUCUCAAUGGGCUCUCUGUCAAAACUUUCUAGCCUUUAUAUGCAAAAUAAUCAACUAUCAGGCACAGUUGAUGUCCUCAGCAACAUAAGCCUUGCAACACUAAAUAUUACAAACAACAAUUUCAGCGGCAUGAUACCUCAAGGAUUCAGCUCAAUUCCAAAUUUAAUAGUUGGAGGAAACUCAUUUGUCAAUAUGCCUGCCUCCCCGCCACCAACUCUGAAUCCACAUGAUCAGCCAAACGAUCCUCAAGGACCUGUUAGUGCUCCAACUAUCCCAGAGACUCCUAUUGAUCAAGACGACAAGAAGAUGCAAACAGGUCCUCUUAUAGGCAUAGCGGUUGGCUCAAUAGCUGCUGCCUCAUGUGUUCUUUUCGUGUUGGUGUUCUGCCUUCACAAUGCACGAAAAAGAAAUGAUGAUGAGAGCAGUGAACCAAAAGAUAUUGUGGGUUCUCUUGCAGUAAACAUAGAAAGAGCAUCUAAUAGGGAAGUCCUGAACAACAACCAUGAGAAUGCUGUUGUAGCAGCUUCAGACCUCCCUGCCCGCACAGCUUGCUUCACGGCCGCUCCACGUUCCAACUAG